AUGGAAACAUCAUCUGCAAACUCAAACUACAAUAUGUUACUAUUGUUCCAUGGUUUUUCGUGCUAUUACACCGUUAAAAGCUAUGUCUCAAGAUAUUGGUCAUUUUCUCCACAAUCCCAGACUUCAGGUUGGGACCUGAAGAACCAGAAAUCUGGGUUUUCAAGCAAGGAAGUUUUAUCUGGUGGUGAGAGAUUAUGCAGAAAAGAAGUGGAGAUUUUGAUGGGGAACCUGGGGAUUUUUUGCAGCCAAGAAAGUGAAGAACAGUUGAAUGAAUCAUACGGUUGUGAGGAGAUUUCAAGAUUGUUUGAAAAAGAGCCAAGCUUGGAAGAAGUGAAAGGAAUUGCAGAGAGUUCUGUGUGUUUUGGGGUUGAAACAAGGUUUAAAGCUGGAAAACUGCAACAACAUGAUCAAUAA